AUGAGUGAUUACAAGUUAGUUAUUUUAGGUAGUGGUGGUGUCGGCAAAACAGCCUGCACAAUCCAGUUCAUUCAAGGAAGCUUUAUUGAAAGAUACGAUCCAACAAUUGAGGAUUCAUAUAGAAAACAUUUUGAAGUCGAUGGUGUCGUCAAGGUGUUGGACAUUCUUGAUACUGCUGGACAGGAGGAGUAUUCUGCUUUGAGAGAUUCAUAUAUGAGAACUGGAGAUGGUUUUGUUCUUGUCUUUGCCUUGAAUGAUCCAAGUUCAUUGACUGAUAUCAUGGAUAUUCAUGAACAAUUGUUAAGAAGCAAGGAAUCUGAUGAGGUACCAAUUGUUUUGGUUGGUAAUAAGUGUGAUUUGGUUUCUGAGAGAGCCAUUUCCAAGGAGGAAUGUGAAGCAGCUGUCAAACAAAUGGGUCCAUACUGUAGAUAUGUUGAAGCCUCUGCCAGAACUAGAACUGGAAUUGAUGAGAUUUUCAAAUCUCUGGUCAAACUCAUUGCAGGAUACAGCCAAGAUGUAGAAAAUGGUGAAGUUGAGGAUGAACCUACCGAAGAUAAGACAUCCAAACAAACCAAUAAGAAGAAGAGAAAGGUUAAGGUUUGUUCCCUCAUGUAAAAUUGUUCUAUUUCUUGCUUAGAAAAGGAACACAACAACUAUAUAGUCUGCGAGUUUAAAUUGUAAAAUAAUAAAACCAUGAUUUCAAAACAAC